ACGGCGACAUACGUGUCACCGUCGCCGCGAUGCCUGUCAACGCUCUCCAGUUGCCGUCUCCUCUGAUUACGACGCUUAAGAUUUUCCAGACGCUGGAUGAGAGACUCGCUCUCAGAAUGUUGACCAAGUUAUUCGUGACGAACCCGGACGAAGUUAGCUGCCAAAAGAGUGGAGAACAAUCGGUUGACACCACGACUGCGUCAACCACUGAAACUUCGCCGAAAAAUAUCAUGCCCGAAUCCUCCACUGAAGCGGCAGUCAGCAGUGCUGGAAAAUAUGGAACUCUUGCCACAGAAGAAUCGUUUACGGGAUCAACGAGCUCUGAGCUUGAGGCGGUUCCGUAUUCUCAUCAGCAUGCGUCACGGAUCAGGCACAGAAGUCAAGUGCGGUUGGUGACUGUACUGACACAAGGACGAGGCGCCCCGAUCAUCGGAGCCAAAGUGGAGGCCGUCAUCUCUGGCCCCAAGAACUUCACUGCUGUCAUUGCCUUGCUAGACACAGGCGUCGCGGCAGAUACGGUGGCCGAGGACGGCGCGUACUCAGGGUUCCUGACGGGUGUGCCGGGGGACGGCCACUACACGAUCUCCGUGCGCGCCCGCAGCUCCCCCAACUCCGCCCGCAUCUUACCCGCCGCGCGCCCACACCGCUUCUGGGAACCCAACACCGCCAACGGCUCCCCGGAAACAAGUGUAGGCAAGUUUGACGUCUUGGUUGAGUGCCCGCCUGGAGACGCGUGGAGUCCCGAGGACGUCUCACUCAUCAUCGUGGAUUCCGGCAAUGCUUCCUUGACUCACAUUGAAAAACUUAAACGGGUCAUGUCAGCUUCUGACGAGUCUGCGACGCAAUACCGUGGCAAUAUUACCAUUCUCAAGCCCAGCAAACUGAUCGCCCCUACUGACUGCCAGAUCGUCGCAACUACCCAAAUUCAAGGACGACAAUCCAGGACGUUCCUCAAAACGCCAGCCUCCUCUGCACUGUUGCUUCCUCAAGUUGAUUCUCCUCGGUCGCUCUUCAAUGUUGAUGCUACGUCAUCUUUCCCACGCACUACCUCUCCGCUCCCAACUACAGAUGUUCCAUCAGCCGUUCAGACCCCAAACGAUGUUCCUCCGACAGAAGAAAACGCAGGAAAGACCGAUUUACGCAUCAUUAUUGGUACCGGAGACUUUAAAAUCGAGAAGCCUGUCGAGCGCGUUGAAGUGGUGGAGUACUCAGCCAGAGACCUGACUCCGCCGGGACGUGUCACCGACCUGCGGGUGACGCAGGUCUUCUACAGGUCCCACAGCGGUGACCCUGCAGUCAGCCUACAGUGGACCUGCCCUGGAGAUGACUUGUUCAGCGGCACGGCCGCGGAGCUAGAGCUACGUUACCACCGUCGCCAGUCGACGCUGCGACGAGAGUUCCUUCGCACGACGCGCGUCCGCGAGGGUGAACACGUCCAGCCUGGCGCACUCACUCCGCUGCCUGCGAACUCUGUGCAAAACCUCACCGUCAUCCUGAAAGACGCGUCACUGCUGGAGAUGACCGAUGACCAGAUGCUGUACUUCGGCCUGCGCGCGUUGGACGAGAACCGCAACUAUGGCCACGUCUCGAACCUCGCGGUCGCUCACUUCAGCAUCGCAGUCAUGAAGCAAGAGUUCCAGGCAUCAAGCAACAAGUUGACCUUGCCACUGAUGUCUGUGAUGCUGGUGUUAUUCCUGGUCAUUCUUCUCCUAGUGGCCUACGUGAAGAUCAAAAAUCAUCUUAACAAACGUAAACAGAACAAUCUUCAAGACAUUUCCUUUGAUCUUAAUUCUGAAUACUAUACGAAAUUUGGCUCCCAGCCUCGCAACAAAAACGGUCACGCCAAAUUUGGGCCGAGGCUAUCGUCUCUGCGUGGCUCCCAGACACUCAAUCGCACGCGAGACCGAGCCAACGCCAAAGAAACUACUAAUUAUUAAAACAAAUUUAGUUAUAAGUUUUAUCAGUAAUAUUCCAGAUUAUCCGUGUUUUUUAUAUAUAUUAUAUAUCUGUCCGAGAUUGUGUGUUCCGCGAAAUAUAUAUUAUCCGGAUAUUGCCUCAGCCUGAAAUUUUAUUUUUAAAUGAAUCAUGAGGUUUUGUAAAACGGGAUGAGUGGAUCAGAUAAAAAAUUACAUUCUGUUCUGAUUUGUUAUAUUUAUAUUAUUUUUUAUAGUUAGAAAUGUGUUUCAGGAUUUAGGAUUGAUUGACAUAUUUCGGGAGGACGGCAUUCAGGGUAACAACACUUUAAAUUCUAAGGGAUUAUCUAUUCAGAGUACUGCGUGAUCGGGAAAAGUUUUGACUAAUCUUAAAAAAUAUAGGGCAAAAUUAAUACAAAAUUCAGAAAUUUUUCAGAAAAAAAAAAUUGGAUAAAUUUGGGACGAAGCUUGGACUGAGGUAGGAUAAAGUUCGGACAAAACUCUGAUAAAUUCUUUAAACUCUUUAACAAAUAUUAGUCGUAUAACUUUCUUUAAGUAAACUAAAUAAUUCUAAAAUUUGUAGACUGGAUUCAACAUGACGUUACUCGGUAUGCGAGAUUCAGUUGGAGAGAUUAGAUUCUCUGAUAUUAUUCAAUUCGGAAUGACAAGAUUAAAGAUUUUCAUAUC